AACAAACAAAAAGCGCUAAAUUGCCGCGGAUAUCUUAUAAUAUUCAAUUUCAUAAGAAGAAAAGUGAUUUUGAAAUAAAAGUAAUGUAAUUGAGUUUUUGAUACCAUACUUAUAAAAACGCAUUAAGAAAUGAAAUUUUGGACAAUCAUUGCUGUUAUAGUUGUAAUAUAUAUGUUCUACAAAGAUCAUCAACGAAAAAAAAUUGUAAAGCUUUUAACCUAAAUUAAACUUAUUUAAUAAUUCUUCAAAGUGCGUAAAGUAAACGUUAGUUUACCAGAAAAGGCGCGUACUGCAGAAUUCAUAACAUUUACGAGAAUGAAUUUCUAUGUGUUUGUUUAAAAUUAAGUGCAAUUUCUUCAAGUGCUUGAAACUUUAAUAUUUUGAAAUCACAAAAUAAUAUAAUUAUCUUUUAAAUUCUUAUAUUUUUUAUGACAACGCGUAAUUAAUGAUUUUAAUUUAUAUUCUAAAAUAAAAGUUAUUAUAUUCAUUUAGGUUAUUUUUAUUAAGUAAGAUACUUUUAUUUAUCGUAUUUUCUUUCCAAUUAAACUCUUGGUUUCGAUUUAUGUUAGUUUCUUCUCAUAGAUUGUUAAAAUACCUUCUAUAUAAUUGAAUUAAAAUGGAAUUAAACACACAAAUUUCAUGGUCUCAAUUAACAGAAGAAGAUGAUGCUCUUCUUAAUGAAGCCAUUUGUAUGAGUUCAAAUGAAUUGAGUAAAAUAGUAGACUCAAAUAAAGAAGAUCUAAAAAGCAAAAAUUCAUUAGAAAACAAAUCUUGUACAUCUAAAACACAUAAUGAUCAGGAAAAUAAAGAAGGUGUUAGUUCAAAUGUAGAAAUUGAUAGUAUGUCUGAAUUCAUAGAAAAUCAAACAAAUAAUGCAAUCAGUAUAAAGUAUGAAGAUAAUAUAAAAAACAAACCAGAUGAUGGUUUUCGUAAACGUAUUAGGGAAAAUCAAAUAAAUAAUGAGGAUGCAAAAAUUUCUCGAAUUAGACGUAAUAGUGAUUCAAGUUCCACUACAAAUUCUUCAGAUAGUGGUAAAAGACGAGUAGAAUAUGAAACAGAUCCUAGAGUAUUAGCACGUAGGCAAAAAGAAAUAGAUUAUGGAAAAAAUACUAUUGGAUAUGAUAGAUAUAUUCAGGCUGUGCCUAAAGAAAAACGUACAAGAGAACAUCCAAGAACACCUCCAAAGUAUAUUAAAUAUAGUAGAAGAGGAUGGGAUAGUAUGGUAAGAUUAUGGAGGAAACAACUUCAUCAAUGGGAUCCUCCGCAAGAUAGCAAUACUGAUUGAAAUAAAUUUAUGUUUAAACUUUAUUAUACAAAUAUAUCUCUAUGCACAUUAUAGUUCCACGAUUUUUACAUUUGUAUAAAAUUUGAUAGAUAUAACAGAAUUGAAUGAACAAAAUGAAAUA